GUCUGGAAAGUGGGGAGGGAUGGAGAGGAGGCGUCGUCGUCAGGGAACAAUGCCUCCCGCCGCGCGGGAGGACCGGCCUUGAUGCAAGCGCGGGUUCCCUUGCAGGCGAGCUUGCAAACGGCAGGAACCCGGCUGCCUAGGAGCCAAGGCGUCCUCUGCAGCGGCGGCGCCCUCCUCCACCUCCUCCUCUCGCUUCCAACCCAACUCUCCUGCCCCCGGUGGCCCGGGAGGAACUGAACUGUCGCUGCACAGGAAGUAGCGGCUGCUGGAGCGCACAACCGCACACACACACCCCACAUCUCUCUCUUUCACACACACACACACACACACACACGGGCAGCUGGGUCUGCCGCACUCCAUGCCCUCGGCUUUCCGCACCGGAGCCCGGCGCCGCCGCGACCCCAGGCUUCCCGCCCGCCUCCUCCUCGGAGCAGCCCUCCGAAGCGCCGCCGCAGUGCCAGAGGCGGCGGCCCCAAUUGCGGUAGCCGGCGCUGAGGGAAAGAGGUGGCGGCGCUGCUCCUCCUCCUCCUCCUCGGGGGAAGGCGGCGGCGGAGGUGGCCGCGGCUCUUGGGUCGGGGCUGGGCCAGGGCAGCCGCGGGGCAAGGAAAGGAGGAAGGAGGCGAGGCGGCGGCGGCUGCUGCUGCAGCUGCAGGACGGUAAUUCUGAGUGAAGGACCUUGCAAGCGCUACUAAGUGGUUAUCAUGGGCUUAAUUGCGUUUCUGAAGACCCAGUUUAUAGUUCACCUCCUGAUUGGGUUCGUCUUCGUUGUGAGUGGGUUCAUCAUUAACUUCAUCCAGCUAUGCACGCUAAUCCUCUGGCCUAUAAACAAGCAGUUUUAUCGAAGAGUGAACUGCCGCCUUUCCUACUCAUUGUGGAGCCAAUUAGUGAUGUUGCUGGAAUGGUGGUCUGGUACAGAAUGCACUUUGUUCUCAGACCAGGCUACAGUCGAUAAGUUUGGAAAAGAGCAUGUCAUCAUCAUCCUGAACCACAACUUUGAAAUAGACUUUCUGUGUGGCUGGACCAUGACAGAGCGAUUUGGCGUCUUGGGGAGUUCAAAAGUUCUUGCUAAGAAAGAGCUGUUGUACGUGCCCCUAAUUGGCUGGACAUGGUACUUCCUGGAGAUUGUUUUCUGCAAAAGGAAAUGGGAAGAAGACAGAGAUAAAGUUGUCGAAGGUCUAAAACGAUUGUCCGAUUAUCCAGAGUAUAUGUGGUUUCUUUUGUACUGUGAAGGAACUCGUUUUACAGAGACCAAGCAUCGUAUCAGUAUGGAAGUGGCAGAAUCCAAAGGACUGCCUAAGCUCAAAUAUCACCUGUUGCCCAGAACCAAAGGUUUCACAACUGCCGUCCAGUGUCUCAGGGGAACAGUUUCAGCCGUGUACGAUGUAACGUUAAACUUCAGAGGAAACAAGAACCCCUCCUUAUUAGGAAUCCUCUAUGGGAAGAAAUACAAAGCUGAUAUGUGUGUCAGGAGGUUUCCACUAGAAGAUAUCCCUUUGGACGAAAAGGAAGCAGCAAAGUGGCUCCAUAAACUUUACCAAGAAAAGGAUGCUUUACAAGAGAAGUAUAAUCAAGAGGGUACGUUUCCUGGAGAGCAAAUCAAACCUCGCAGAAGACCAUGGACUCUCCUCAACUUUCUGUUCUGGGCCACCAUUGUCCUGUCUCCUCUUUUCAAAUUUGGUUUUGGCAUUUUUGCAAGCGGAUCUCCUCUCUUGAUUCUUUCAUUCAUGGGCUUUGUUGGAGCAGCUUCAUUUGGAGUUCGCAGACUGAUCGGCGUAACAGAAAUAGAAAAAGGCUCCAGCUACGGCAACCAAGAAUUCAAGAAAAAGAAAUAACUUCACAGAUACAGUUCCAAACAUAUAACAAGACUAUGGUAUCAAAUUAACUUCAUUGAAAGAAAGACACUUAGAAAACUUAUCUUUUUUUUCUUAUUAACUGAUAACUACUAAUACUUGAGCCAAGACUGAAGAAAUUGGAAGAUUCAAGAGGAAGAGGAAACAAUUGACUACUUACCUGCCCAAGGAUCCCUGUGUUCAUAAGUUUGGGGAGAAAAAAAUAUCUGGGCUAAUAUUUUGUUUUAUUUUUGGCUUUCUUGUGGGUGGGAGGGGGAACUAAUGGGUGUAGCUACAUGCAUCUUCAGAUAAACUGGUUUGUCUUUCAAGAGUACAACACUUGCUCGCAAGAGGAGCUACUGAAUGUUUCUUCUUGCUAAAACUAAUUUAAUAUUUUCUUAUUCAUGGCAUCUUUUUUAAAAAAAAACAAACAAGCAAGGCAGCAUGAAUUGCAGCAAAAUCUCCAGUUGACUAACAGCUGCUCCUCGAGGAGGAAGCAGUUUGGAAAAGCUACUUCAUCCUUGCAGAUGUUUUAUUUUUAGGUUAAUAUUUAUUCAUUUCUGUACACCCGUGGCGUUCCAAUGGCAGCAGUACCUGACUGAUAAGCACAUACUUUGAACAAGGCACUAGAAUUAAUGCGGUUCCAGGCUUCCCUACUUGACAAACACAUUCCUUACCCCUCAUGCACUCCCAGCUGAAACAGGGAUGUGCUUAGCUCAGUUUCCUACAUAGAUCUUCGACUUGCUAUUUCUUUCUUUAAAAAAACAAAACAAAAAGCUUUUAUGACGACCCUGAAAUUAUUACCAGUAUGAUUAUGGCUGCUCAGUCAUUUCAUCUUGGCAGUACUACCCCCACUGCAAAAAAAAAAAAGUCUGUUCUCAGAAUCUCCUGUAUGGCUUGUGGUGCAAAAACAGCAUAAAACAACAGAGAAACCUGGAAAGAAAUUGUAUUCAAAAAGCUACUAAUUGUAGUAGAUAACAUAAGGUUGGUACUGUACCUCUGCAGCCUUCAGCACACUUACUUGGAAGGAAACACUACUGAUUUCAGGUCAAAAUUUCUUCCAGGCAAAUGUGUUUAGGGCUGGAAUGUCAGUUUGCCUACAUUAUCAUGGGAUAUUGCCAGGUCAUCCAGCAAUCAAUGAAGCCUUUAUAUAAGGUUCAGACUCAUUGAGGAUUUUCUGCUGCACAUUAAGAGCUACCGGUUUGGUUUCAACAAUCUCUGGCUCCGAAAACACACAUAAGAGCUAAGUAGAAAGGUUCUUACUGUGGUGGCUGCCCUCAGUCACAAUGCAUUGAGGUUGCUUCCCUGUGGAAAGCCAUUUGUUUGCUUGACACAGCCUUCAAGCCAACCAUGUUUUGACUGGCACAGCACCUCUAGGUUUACUCUAUAUAACAAAUGUUGUAGGUGAAUGACUAGUCACAAAGUCUCCCUUCAGAUACUGUUUUGUGUGCAGCUGCCUUUAAUAGGGCUUUGCAAAUUGAUUUCUGCAUCUCGGAAAUAUUUGAAAGUAUAUGGCAGUGGCAUAUAUCAUCUUCCAGUGCUGGGACCAAAUUUUGCAAUCAGACCCGCACCCAAAAAACAAACAAACAAAAACAA